GGAGUCUUGUGUGUUUGGUUUAGUUCGUUCGAUCGGGAUAGCUUGCUUUGCUUUUAUUUUCGGACGUACUACCUAUUGCCUUUGAAUUCGUCACCGAACGGACGCGUCGUCAUUUCGUUGUCAAAUAGUCUGUGGUCAUGGAAAAUCCGGAAGAGGUUUUGCAGCUUCUGGAACGGUUCACCAAGCUGAAGCAGAAGGAGAUCCCGCGAGAACUGGAUGACUACCUGAGCUUCGUUGCCCGCACCGGUGACACCGUUUACCGCUGGGCCGUCGUAAAGCAUCUGUUCCGCGAGAAGCUGCUCCAUGUGAUUACGGAUUUUCACGAUAAUACACCGAGCCUUGCUGAUUUACCGCAAUGUCCAAACGUUGAUCCGUUUAACUACGAGCGUAUGAGACGAACGCUGCUGGAAUGCUUGGACGCCUUUAACUCGGCUCCGUUUACGGUGCAGCGGAUUUGUGAAUUGCUGACGGAGCCACGAAAGCAGUACACGCGGAUUGAUAAGUUUAUGCGGGCAAUCGAGAAGAAUAUACUUGUGGUCAGUACUCAGGAACCUGGCCGCAGACGCUAUGACAGCGAGAACGGAGAUUCGCUGGACUCCACCGUGAAUGGCGAUGAUGUGUGCGUGGACAUCGAGAUGGAUAACGAAGCGUUUGGUAUUGACUCGAAUGAAAUGGUUGCAAGCUCUACUUCAGCCUCUGCUUCAUCCUCUACAUCACCGGCAUCUUCUUCCUCGUCUUCAUCGGCACCAUCGACAGUAACAACAACGGCAACAACUGCUACGACGAUGACGACUGCUGCUGCAGCAGCAGCAGCAGCAGUAGCAAAGGAUACAGAACCUCCGGCGGAAGAAGAAAAAUCCUCCACCGCUGCUUCCACCAGCGAGGAUCAGACGUCGGAUAAAAUUGCAGAAGAGCAUCCUUCGGAUGUGCAGGUUGAUUCUGUACGCAAAGAAGACGCCUCGUCUGAUCAAUCUUUAAACGAUGCUAGCGAAGAGCCAGACAGUGACAAAUCCACCUCGACAAAGCAAGACGCUACUGCAGACGCUGACGCAGCUCAAAACGAGUCUGAAGAAAAGAGCGAAAGUAUGACCCAAUUGCAGGAAGACAAAGCUAACGUUGAACCGUCAUUGGCCCCCGAUGCGGUUGAUGCAGUCGACGCAGUCGCUCCGCCAAACCGUGAAUCGACAGAAUCAACCGAAUCAGUAUCGAAGGAUGCGGAUGGUGCUGCAGCACCAUCUGCAGUAGAAUCUCGUUCUUCGGAUGAUCCCAAAGAUCAAUCCACAACUACUAGCAGCAGCGGUGGAGAUCCCAGCGACGAUGGUCAACCACAGGCCAAACAAGCGAAGCUCUCAGACGAAACAAAGCUGGUACAAACAACAGUGUGUACACCAUUAGAGACUGCUGCUGCUGCGGAAGUAUCGACGGACGCGAAGGACGAACUCAAUUCUGGUUCCACUGAUUCAUUGGAAAGUAACGCUCACAGCUCCGAUUCGGAUUUGUCUCCUGAAACAAGCGCACAGAAUCUAACCAGCACUCUAUCACAAGGCUUAGAAACGGUUGUUCAUCUUGCAGAAGCUGUGCACAGCGAAGAAUCGCUGGAGACAGUGGUGCAAAUCAUACCGUGCGAUCCGGAAUCUGUCACGACUGAAAAUGGCAGUGAGCCGGAGGCAGUCCCCAUCCCACCGCAAGUUGUUCUCGAAAAUCCCACAGAAGCCGAAGCUACGGAUCCAUCCGUUCCGUCUUCAGAGGAAACUGCCGCCGUUGUCAAACCAGUGGACGUAGAGCAGCAAGAACCAACGGUUAUCCUUUCGGUGCCUUCCGAUGAGAUGGAGACUGCAGUUUCCGCUCCACUGCUGACGUCCGAAAACGUAAUGGCAACUGACGAGGAAGAAACAUCGAAUCCAAUCACGACCGCCACCGAUGCGGUAGUUCCCAUGGCGGCCGACGUAGCCUCCGACGGGCUGACGAAACCAGACGAUAACGCCAUGGACAUAGACGAGUCCAGCGUAGAACCCAUGGACCAAUAAGACUAAUGUGUUACAAGCGCUUCAGGCACAAAACGCAGAGAGAAACAAUUCAUCCUUCGAAAACGGUUUGUUCCAAUUCAUGGCAAGGCUGCAGCUAACCAAUGUAAUUUCUUAACCUGCUGUAAUUAUUUUACUAAAAGUAUGUCUCUAAGUGUAACAAAUAAAAGCCACUUGGUGCGAGAUACACC